CGUGAAUCAAUUUGGAGGCGGGGAGAAAGCAGCACCGGCGCGUCCCUUUUUCCUUUCCCCAUCGUUCCCUCUCCUUUCCCGUUGCCAUGGAAACAAUCCGGGUCACGUGCCUCCAUUCGGGAAAGAGGGAGCGACGCCGAACGAGAGGGCGAACGCGUCCGACGGAGCACGGGGCUGGUCCGGGCCUCUGGAAGGGCAAGGGGGGGUUUCAUCCGAGCCGCGGAAGAUGGCGCAUUCCGUGGUCGAGCGGCCGCAUCGACGGCAGACGGGCAGGCACGGGGAAAUGACGACAGACUAAGGCGCACUUCGGGAGCCACGGCUCGGCUACCAUAAUCAUUCUCCAGCCACAGGAACCAUGACACACGCCCUGGUGGCGUGCGGUCGCAUCUGGUGCCGGUGCCGGGCGGUGCAUGCCGGAUGAGCCUGGUGAAGGUGGUGGUGCUGGGUGCGCCGGCGGUGGGCAAGACGUCCAUCAUCCACCAGUUCGUGUGGAGCGAGUUCAGCGAGACAUACGUGCCCACCGAGAGUCGACGCACUUACCACCCUUCGGUGGUGGUGAACGGACGCCUGUACGACCUCCAGGUGACGGACCUGCCCGUGGUGCCGUACUUCCCGGCCAACUCGUUCUACGAGUGGAGCGACUUCCGCUACUGCGGCCUGCGCAGCGCGUCCGCCUACGUCCUGGUGUUCGACCUGAACGCGCCGGAGACCUUCCAGUACGUGAAGAACAUGCGCGAGCAGAUCUUCGAGUCGCGCAACAUGCAGGGCGUGCCCGUCUUCGUGGUGGGCAACAAGCACGACCUGGGCGAGCCCCGCGAGCACCGCGAGGUGGCCGGCCUCGUGAAGAAGCACUGGCGCUGCGGCUACGUCGAGUGCUCGGCCAAGUACAACUGGCACGUGGGCCUGCUCUUCCGGGAGAUCGUGCGAGCCCUGGACGACGGGGGAGGACUGGGUGCGCGGGGUGCCGGCGACCAGGGUCGGAGGGACCGCUGUCGGAUCCUAUGACGCCGGCGAUCCGCGUCGAUGUGAAGGAGGAGGCAUCGCCUGUAGCCACUCACAGUCUUCGCUGCGGUAAAUGGCCGAACUCUCCAGAAACGGAACGGUUUGUUUCCGGAGAUCGCAGGCACAAUCCAUCGAGACUUUCUGGAGCGUCGUUGUCGAAGAACCAUCAGCGAGCAGCGCCACGAAGGCGCACCGAACAGUAACCGGUGUCAAAUCCUUGUCGAAAACAAUGAAGAGAAAAGCGGACAAGCAAGGCGUAUUCUCAGCAGCACAACUGCUCUGUCUGUGUUAGUGCGAUAGACUUCUCGGCGAGGAUGGCGGUAGAUUUUGUGGGUGCGUCGCUUCAGUCGGUGAAGUCAUCGACUCUUUAUUUUAGAAACUGCAGUGUACCCCACACUGAUCUACUCCUCUCAACUUGUCGUCCGGAGGCACUGAUCUCGAAUUCUUCAAUACCGGCAGUUGGGCAUGUGAACACAAUAUUUGGCGACGCAAGCUAGCGGCGGCCAGCGGCCCGAUGCUCCAGCCUUUCUGGUCAACAAAGCCGAGUUUGCAAAAGUAUUUCGUAAGUCACAAGGGUGGCUAGCUUGUCGGUUCAAAUGUAGGGGUUAGUGAUUUUGAAACUCUCCGUUGCGUUGUUACCGUCAUCAAGACUACGCCACCAGUUGGUUUUUACCUUUCCUCUCUCCCUGUAGUGUGCAAUAAUUAAGGUGUCUGCUAAUUACCACGGUAUAGUGACUCA